AUGUCGGUGAACCCAGAGUUAUGUUUGGGGCCUCAUGGCACCUCACCUCCAGUAGCGUGCCUCCCUUUCCCGCAGGCGCUUAUCACCGUCGCGUCAGCCGUCGCCGUCAUGCUGGUGAUCGUCCUGGGCAACUUUAUCGUAGUUGUGACGGUGUACAGGGAUCGCAAACUUCGGAUGCAACGUCAGAACUGGCUGAUCGUGUCGCUGGCAGUGGCCGAUCUGCUGGUAGGACUGCUCGUCAUGCCACUGACGCUUGCUUAUGAAGUCUACGGCGAGUGGCGCAUGGGGAUGUUCCUGUGCGAAACAUGGCUAGCACUCGACGUGCUAUUUGUCACCGCGUCAAUCCUACAUAUUUGUGCCAUAUCCCUCGAUCGAUAUUGGUCGGUGACGUCGCCGCUAACGUACCCGGCCAAGCGGACGCCGCACAGGAUGAUGACCAUGAUCGCAAUCUCCUGGUUGGUCUCGUUGCUCAUCUGCCUGCCGCCAAUUCUCGGCUGGCGACCCGAGCGCAAGCCGGGCGAGUGCUCACUGAGUACAGAUAUUGGCUACGUCCUCUACUCAGCCAUGGGUUCUUUCUACAUACCGGUCAUUGUGCUAGUCUGCGUCUAUGCAAAAAUCUACAGCAUCACAAUCAAACACAGCCGACAACGAUUAAAGGAGACGGAGAGACGCGACAAGACGUUGGUCCGGUUGACUGCAACGAUUAGCACCGCCAACCGGACAACAGAUUGCAGCGGAUUAGGGUCGGACUCAACCCAAAAGACGCAGACGCCAGAUCUCGAUUUCGAAGAGAAUUCGGACCCAAAUGACGAUGAGAAGGAACGUGACAACAAUAAGAUGGCCAUUAACCAAGUUUGUUGGCAUCUGCGAAAAAUCUCCGAGGAACUCUCCCAGGUGACGAAUGAAGACAAGAAGCGACAGCUUUCCUCAUUCUUCACGAAUCGCAAAGAGAACGGCGAGUGCGAUCGGCAGCAAAACAUCGAGAAGCGCAAACGAAAGUUGAAGGCAAAAGAACGGCAGGCUACGCUGUUGCUAGGCGUCAUCUUGUCGGCAUUUAUUUUGUCUUGGCUGCCAUUUUUUUUUAUGUAUCUGUUGGGAGCGUUCGGGUGGGCGGCGCCGGAUAUCGUGUUCAAGUUCUUCUUCUGGCUCGGCUACUGUAACUCGGGCAUCAAUCCUGUCAUCUACACCAUAUUCAACCGCGAGUUCAAACGCGGCCUCUGCCGACAGCUUCGAAAGUUCGAGCGGGCCAUUUCUUCAUUUGCAAAUCUCUACAAA